AUGUCAUCUGGUGAAAAUUUUAUUCUGACGGGCGAGGCCCUCGACGAGGCCUUGCCCAACAUGUCAAUGGCAACCAAAGCCAUCCAUGGCGACGACUUCUACUCACCCCACCGAGCCAUUGCUCCUGGUAUGCAUGUCGCUGUCAACUACCGUUAUGCCCGUGAUCCCGAGAAUCUGAAAUUUAUGAACAACUUGGAUCCCAACGCGCCGAACGAUUCUCAUAUUUAUUCACGCUACACGGCCCCCAACUCCAACAGGCUAGAGAAGUUACUGAAGAGUCUCUUUGGCGCCCACGUGGUGACCUACUCCACCGGCUUAUCUGCCUUCCACGGUAUCAUGGUUCUCCUCAAUCCCAAGCGGGUGUUUCUCACUGAGGGCUAUCAUGGUAUUCAUGGUGUCGUAGACAUCAUGUCACGCAUUAAUGGCACUAAAAAGUUGACGCUGGAAGAUGUGGAUCAGGCCGAGGCCGGAGAUGUGAUCCACGUUGAAACGCCCGUCAACCCAACAGGCGAGGCACGAAACCUUGCCUACUACAAAGCGAAGGCAGAGGCUGUGGGCGCGUACCUCACAGUCGAUGCUACAUUUGCACCCCCGCCGCUACAAGACCCUCUUCAGCUGGGCGCCGACCUUGUUAUCCACAAUGGCACGAAAUACCUCGGCGGUCAUUCGGACAUGUUAUGUGGACUUAUCGCUGUGCAUUCCGAGAGGGAGAAGCAAGGCUGGGUUGAGACUUUAUACAAUGAUCGCCAGUAUAUUGGUUCAGUCAUGGGCUCUUUUGAGGCAUGGCUAGGUAUUCGUUCUGUUAGGACACUCCAAUUGCGCAUUCAACGACAGGCAGAGAACGCCAUGAAGCUUGUCAAAUGGCUAACCGAGGAGAAGGCCAGGGAUGGCUCUCUAGUCAGCAAAACUAUUGAGACUGUCCAGCACAGCUCACUUCAGUUGGCCGAUAUCAAAGACGGCUGGCUGACCAAGCAAAUGCCCGGUGGCCAUAGUCCGGUCUUCUCCAUUGUCAUGAAAACUAAGUCGCAAGCGCAGAAGCUUCCAAGCAAAAUGUAUGUGUUCCAACAUGCUACUAGCUUGGGUGGAGUUGAAAGUUUGAUGGAGUGGCGCGCGUUGAGCGAUAAAGUCUGCGAUGAGAAGCUCAUUCGUGUCAGCUGUGGUAUUGAAGAGGCAGAAGAUCUCAAGGCUGAUAUUAUUCAAGGCCUUCAAUCUGUCUCAAGAGAUAUUUAG